AUGGCCAGCCAUGCAAGAAGAGAAGCAGGUGCCGAUGUGCUGGGGGCAGAAGAGCGCAGGCUCUUGGAUCGGACGUUUGAGGAGUUGGCCCGGUGUUGCAUGUUGCCCUGUGAAAACUAUGGAGAUUGUGCCGUGAGAGACAAGUAUGAAGGCGUCACCGACAAUGCUCGAGUGCCUUUUGCCAUGCGAAUUUGGCAGAGAAACGCUGACCUGACAGCGACAGCCAAACAGAUUCCAGAUGAGAUCUACCGAGGUUCUGAGGGAGACUUUGACAACAGACAAGAGUUUAUAUGGAGAUCACGGACCCCGAGACAAUUGUUCCGGUACAACCAGGUCAUCAUCCAAAAGAAACUGCCCAGAAAGAACUUGCUUCAAAUCCGCUGUGACUGCAUUGAGUGUGGAUUUCAGAAGGUGUUGAAUGCUUUGGACACGAAAGAAAAGUUGCAUUUGGAAGUCAGGGAGCUCAUCGCACACGAUCGCCAGUUGCCACUGCUUUAUGUUCCAAAGAGUCAGAACAUCUUCCAGACGAUGCGCGUUUUGUGUGCGACCUGUCCCAUCAACCGGGUGUAA